AUGUUGAAUGAAGGCGCUGAUUACGACAGGUCGACCCACGACAUUGACAACCCAGAGACACCGAAGUCAUAUUCACACGGACUUGAAAGUCGCGAGGCUACGGCAGAGUCCAGCGACAUGCGCGAUCCAUCCACGAAGCAAGAUGGGUCCAGUGACAGUAUGAGUCUUCAACUUCCCGAAGUGAUGCCAUUUACAUUACCAUCGAAAGAAAUUGUGUCAGAAUCAAUCGGUCUCUAUUUCAGAUACUGCCACAAGCAGCCUCUUUGGCUCCUUGAUCCUGAGGACCUAGCUUCUCCAGAGAACUGUCGCAAUGAGGUCAUCUUUGGAAUCCUGACCCUUGCUUUGCGCUAUUCUGAUAAUCCACUCUUGGAGGGAAGAAAGGAUCAGAUGUGUCGGCAGUAUGCGGAGUCAGCUCGCGGUCUUGUUAUGUUUCGCAUUGCUCAAGGAAGCGUGGAUCUGUCUACAAUGCAGAGUCUCUGCCUGAUUGCACUCGCAGAGUAUAUCUCAAAUGAUACCGAUCUCGCUUGGCUACAUAUUGGUCUUGUCACGAAUCUCGCCAAAUGUGGAGGACUGGACGUUGAACAAAAUGAAGGUUCUAUUUUCCCUGCUUCAGAAGCAAAGCGAAGACUAUUUUGGAGUAUACACUUUUUGGACCAGCAGUAUGGCCUGCGAAAUAUGCAGCUGGAUAUGUUCCAGGAUAUUCAACGGCCCGUUUAUAUGGCCAUGGGCAUGGGAUCACCCCGGGAAAUGGGUACGAAGCCUCCCCAGCUUCCCCAGGAGACAGGGUCAUGUUCAUCAAGGGGUGACAUCUGGGUUUACAUGGUACAGCUGGGUUGCUUUUGGAGCGAGGUACAGCAGUACGUAUCUCAUUGCUCAGUCGGCGAUGCAACACCACCAUGGUCGGUGAAAUCCGGAUACUCCAUCUUAGGGGCUCAUUUAAUGGAUAUCGAAACAAAAUUCCCAACUCGCCACCGAUGGGAUUCAGUGAGAUUCUGGGAGCAGCCAAAAGAGGAGCUUGAAGCCGAGCGUUGGUACUGGAGCCCGUGGCUAUAUCUUCAAUUUACCUACCACGCCAUUCACAGCGUCCUUAAUCACCCAUUCAUCUACUCGUGGCGACCGCAGCAGUCGGCCCAACUUUCUGUUCCAAACACCUUCUGGAAGACAUCCUCGGAGCUCGCCCUUAUUCACUCAACCUGGACGGUCCGACUGAUUGAAAUGAUUACUGAGAAAGAAUACUUGCUAUCCGAUCCAUUUCUCGCUCACACCGUAUCGAUUGCGGCGACAAUCCACAUUUAUUAUUGCCGGGCUGCAGAUCCGGCCGUCCGAGAAUCUGCUCAACGUGCUGUUGAAAUAUGCACCAAGUUUCUGGGCGAGCUAGCGACUAAAUGGCCGCGCUGCCAGACGAUGGUUAGUUUUUCCGAAAAAAAAAAAAACUAG